GUCUGUAUCCACAACGAUACUGAACUUGGCACGAUAUUUGCCGCCGCCUGCCGCCUCUCCAAGCAGGCGAUUCCGACACGACAACCGCGCAGCAUGACCCCGAACGACGCAGAUGAGUACACAGGAGACGACAGCAUCAAGUCGUCCACGACAACCAAGCAGCAUGACGUGCCCAAGUUCUUGCUACAGCUGUUUGACAUUCUCGAAGCCGAAUCGUCGGCCGUGAUCAAAUGGGCCGACGACGGCGGGUCCCUCCAAAUCCUCGACCCGGUGCGAGCCACGCAGGAGAUCCUGCCUAAGUACUUUAGCCACAACAACUUCCAGAGCUUCCAGCGGCAACUCAACUACUUUGGCUUUCGGAAAUGGACCAAGACCAAGACGUACAUUUGCACGUUCAGUCACCCGUGCUUCAAGAAGAACGAGCCCGACAAGUUGCAGCUGAUCAAGCGCAAGUCCGUCCCCAAGCGCACUCGCAUCAACGGCCACCUCGUGACGGAACGACGCCCCGUCUUCACCAAGAAGCGGAGUACGGACGGGAGCAGCACGAGCACCACUCCCUGUCCCAUCCGGCCGUAUGGCCUUCCGCUAGGUCGACCGCCGCCGGCGAUCUUAAGCGAAGAGAUGAAGGUCUCGCCGGCAGACAUGCUCUUGUUUCCCAAGCAACCCGCGCUGCCCAACCUGUGCAAGAUCCGAAGUAGCCUCAUGCUUCGCCUCGAAGCUACGUCUCCGCCACUCAAAAUAUCCCCGAUGGCACCCAAGCACGAGUUCAUGAGUCAAGUGCACCCCGUGAUGACGGACCGCAGCGAAGAAGACCCGGUGAAUCUACUCCUCGGGAUCAAGCAGGCCUCUCCGCCAAGCCCGACAACAACGCACCCCCAAGUGUCAUUCCACUCCCAGCAACUACCGGAGCAACGCGCACAUUCGCCCACAAUGCAAGCCCAGCUGGCGGCAGCACUGGACGAAAUCGCGCGGUUGAAAGCGACCUUGCAAGACAAAGUUCGAGAAAUCGAAUGGUUGCGAGCCCAGUGUCACAACGCCCCCCCAGGUUAA